UGGUACGAGCUCCAUUGUUCAGCAUUCGGGGCGCCAUGAGGGGCGAUAGAGGCCGUGGCCGUGGCGGGCGAUUCGGUUCCAGAGGCGGCCCUGGCGGAGGGUUCAGGCCCUUCGUGCCACACAUACCUUUUGAUUUCUACUUGUGUGAAAUGGCUUUUCCCCAGGUCAAACCAGCACCAGAUGAAACAUCCUUCAGUGAGGCCUUGCUGAAGAGGAAUCAGGACCUUGCCCCUAAUUCUGCUGAACAGGCCUCUAUCCUCUCCCUGGUGACAAAAAUAAACAAUGUGAUUGAUAAUUUGAUUGUGGCUCCAGGGACAUUUGAAGUGCAAAUUGAAGAAGUUCGACAGGUGGGAUCCUACAAGAAAGGAACAAUGACCACAGGACACAAUGUAGCUGACCUCGUGGUGAUCCUGAAGAUCCUGCCUACAUUGGAAGCUGUCGCUGCCCUAGGGAACAAAGUUGUAGAAAGCCUAAGAGCACAGGAUCCCUCUGAAGUUUUAACCAUGCUGACUAAUGAAACUGGCUUUGAAAUCAGUUCUUCUGAUGCUACAGUGAAGAUUCUUAUUACAACAGUGCCACCUAAUCUCCGAAAACUGGACCCAGAACUCCAUUUGGAUAUCAAAGUGUUACAGAGUGCCUUAGCUGCCAUCCGACAUGCCCGGUGGUUUGAAGAAAAUGCUUCGCAGUCCACAGUUAAAGUCCUCAUCAGGCUGCUGAAGGACCUGAGAAUUCGUUUUCCUGGCUUUGAACCCCUCACACCCUGGAUCCUUGACUUACUAGGACACUAUGCUGUGAUGAAUAACCCCACCAGGCAGCCUUUGGCCCUGAAUGUGGCAUAUAGGCGGUGCUUACAGAUUCUGGCUGCAGGCCUGUUCUUGCCGGGCUCAGUGGGGAUCACGGACCCCUGUGAGAGUGGAAACUUCCGAGUCCACACCGUCAUGACCCUGGAACAGCAGGAUAUGGUGUGCUACACGGCUCAAACUCUGGUCCGAAUCCUUUCCCACGGUGGUUUCCGGAAGAUUCUGGGCCAGGAGGGUGAUGCCAGUUAUCUUGGUUCUGAAAUAUCUACCUGGGAUGGGGUGAUAGUGACACCUUCAGAAAAGGCAUAUGAGAAGCCACCAGAGAAGAAGGAAGGUGAAGAAGAGGAGGAGAACACAGAAGAACCCCCUCAAGGAGAAGAGGAGGAAAGCAUGGAGACUCAGGAGUGACCAUCCCCGCCGCAGUCCCUCCAUCCCAAGGGGAAGACUGGAGCCUAAGCUGCCAGUGGCUUUCUGUUAGAGGCACCUCCAAGGGAUACGGGAGACAGGAAGAGACUCUUUGGAGGAGUUGU